AUGUUAGUGGAAAUAGCUACAGGAUUUCAGGAGCGGUGGAAUUUUCCUAAUGCCGUUGGAUGUCUUGAUGGCAAGCACAUUCGAAUUCUAUGCCCGAAAAAAAGUGGAACUAUGUUUUACAACUACAAAAACUUUUUUUCAAUUGUGCUACAAGCUGUUGCGGAUCACCGAUGUCGAUUUAUUUUUGUAGAUGUAGGAGGAUAUGGGAAACAAAGUGAUGGAGGAACUUUUUCCGCUUCUUCUUUAUCUACAUUUUUGGAAAAUGUUCAUACUAAUUUACCACCAUCAUCACAUAUCGAAGGAAUUGUUACAGAUAUGCCAUUCGUAAUACUUGCAGACGAUGCAUACCCACUAAAGACCUAUAUAAUGAAACCGUACUCAAGACGCAAUCUAUCACAUGAAGAGAAAAUCUUUAACUACAGGCUAUCGAGGGCUAGGAGAUGUGUGGAGUGUGCUUUUGGUAUUAUGACAGCCAAGUGGCGUUGGCUUGGAAAAUGUAUAGAAACUAAUGUUGGCAAAGCAGAGAGAAUUGUGAAAUGUAUCUGUUUACUUCACAAUAUAGUUAUUGACCGUGAGGGCGGUGAAUUCAGUUCCGCGACGUUGCAACAAUCUUUGAACGAAUCACCCCUUCAAGGAAAUAGGUCUUCAAGAAUGUACAAUAGAGCUUCACAAGAGGCUCAGACCAUUAGAGACACCUUCAAGUCCUACUUCAAUGGAGUCGGCGCUGUACCAUGGCAAAACGGAAGCAUCCAGUAA